UUGUACUCAUUGAACGAGUACAAGCCGCCUAUCUCCAAGGCCAAGAUGACCCAGAUCACCAAGUCUGGAAUCAAGGCUAUAAAACAGCUCUCCCAGCUCCCCCAAAGCACUGAAAGUGAAGCAGGAGGAUGGGGUGGAGAGAGUUACAAAGAGAUAAGAGAAUCCCUAACCAGCUUAGUUCUACAAGCAUGUAGUCCAAAGUGUGGAGAAGUUCAUACAGAAGUGCAAACCAGAAUACAAAGUCCCAGGGCUGUACGUCAUCGACUCAAUUGUCAGACAGUCAAGACACCAGUUUGGGACAGAGAAAGAUGUUUUUGCUCCGCGCUUCAGCAAGAAUAUCAUUGCAACGUUCCAGCACCUGUACCGCUGCCCUUCAGAUGAUAAGAGUAAAAUAGUGCGAGUCCUGAACCUGUGGCAAAAGAAUGCUGUCUUCAAGAGUGACAUCAUCCAACCUCUGUUGGACAUGGCAGCAGGGAUUCCCCCUCCCAGUGUCACACCAGUCAUGCCCAGCAGUGCUGCCCCAGUCAAUAAUACCACACCUGGCACCCCAGCUACUCCGGCUACUCCAGCUAACAUAGUUCAGAGUCUUCCUGACUGGGCAUCCCAAAUUACUAACACAGACACUGUGGCUGCUGUGGCACAGAUCCUGCAGAGUCCCCAGGGUCAACAGCUGCAGCAGCUGGUACAGAGUCUGCAGAUGCAGCAGCAGAAGCCCCAGCCGUCCCUGCUGCAGGCCUUAGAUGCUGGCCUGGUUGUACAGUUGCAAGCUCUGACAGCUCAACUCACAGCUGCUGCUACUGCCAACAGCCUCAACCCCCUGGAGCAGAGGGUCUCCUCUUUCAAUAAGAAACUCCUGGGUCCUUUUGACUUUGGGAAUGAUUCUGAACGCGGUGAAGAAUCUAAAAAGGACUCGUCAUCAUCUCAACUGCCCAUGGUAUCGGAGCCCAUCAACAGCUCCCUCUUCCAUCAGUUGGCUGAGCAGUUACAACAGCAGAACCUGGAGCAGUUUCAGAAGCAACUUUUAGAGCACCAGCAACAUCAACAGAAGGCAAUGAGCAUAGAAGGGCAAGAUUCAAUCUUUGGCCAAGAGAACUCAGUUGCAACUGCUCAGAGCAGCAGCCAGACACAGCUCCCUGACCCAGAGAACAAGCUGGACGACUCCAUAGACAACCAGCAGCAGGAUAUGGAAUUGGAUGAAGGCCCUGAAAGUAUGGAAGAGGAAAUCUUUGAAUCAGAGGAAAAGAAGAUCGUAAGCACACGCUCCAGAACACGCUCACGGUCGCGUUCUAGGUCUCCCAAGAGGAGAAGGUCCAGGUCCCGUUCCGGCUCACGAAAGCGUAAACACCGCAAGAGGUCACGGUCACGCUCCAGAGACCGCAAGAGGAAGUCAUCGCGGUCUUACUCCAGUGAAAGACGCGCCCGGGAGCGAGAAAAGGAGCGACAAAAGAAAGGACUGCCACCCAUACGAUCCAAGACUCUGAGUGUGUGCAGCACAACUCUGUGGGUGGGCCAAGUAGACAAAAAGGCCACUCAGCAAGACCUCACCAACUUAUUUGAAGAGUUCGGCCAGAUUGAGUCUAUCAACAUGAUCCCUCCCAGGGGCUGUGCCUACAUCUGCAUGGUCCACAGACAGGAUGCAUACCGUGCCCGUCAGAAGCUCAGCACAGGCUCCUUUAAGAUUGGCUCUAAAAUCAUCAAGAUUGCAUGGGCUCUGAACAAAGGAGUCAAGCAGGAGUACAAGCAGUUUUGGGAUGUGGACCUGGGUGUAACCUACAUACCUUGGGAGAAGGUGAAGCUGGAUGACCUGGAUGGCUUUGCUGAAGGAGGAAUCAUUGACCAGGAGACCGUUAAUGAUGAGUGGGAAGCAGCCAAGAAUGCUGAACCAGCCAAGGAAGCUACAAGUCAGCCAAUAAGUGCUGAGACUACAGCAACAUCCAACAGCCAGACUGAUGUAUACAACCAGCAGGUCACCAUGAUGCCUGUACAGCUGCCAGUGGCCCAGGCUGUUCCCAGUGCAGUAGGUUUGGUGCCUCCUACCUUCCCUGUCACCAUGGGCAUACCUCCACCAGGUUACGGUCCGCCACCCUUCAUAAGAGCUGGCUUCAAUGCAUCACAGCCUCCACCAGGUUUUCUGCAGGCAGCACAAACAGCGGGCAUGGCAUCAGCAACUACUUCUCUAGUGCAGCCUCCAGUGGCAACCAGCCAAGAAGCUGUCAAGGAAUCACCAUUCAGCACUAUGAUUCCUCCAACCACCACUAUCCCUGGUAGCUUCAUGGCCUCAGCCAUCCCUGGAGCUGGUAUGUUCAACCCAGUGGGAGUCCAAACUCAGCAAGCUACCAAUGAGAAAACAGCACAGUCUGCAGAGGGUAUGGAUGCUACUGCAGAGCUGACGCUGCAAGGCAUGCAGAAUGCAGUUCGUAGUGGGAUGGGUCUCCUUGGCAUGCAUCCCUCAGCUUCCCUCACCCACCCGCUGCAUCAGUCUGGUCUUGCUGGCCAGAGAAUGCCUGGCCUGCUGCCUCUGGAUGUGCGACCUAACCUCCUCCAACCUGGGGCUGCUGGCCGCUUCCCACUCCUCAUGCAGCAGGGCCCUACUCAGCAGGGUGCCGGCCUCCUCGACAGUACCCUCCAAGCUCAAGCUCGUGCAAGGGCUCCCUUCCCUCAGCUCGACCCCUUUAACAGGGCCCCAAACAUUACCAAUGAAAAUUUAUCCAAGACAGAGGAUGAGUCUUCCUCUGGGGCAGAUGAGGGUAAGGACCAGGACUACCGCUUCCCUCCAAUAGAGAAGCAGAGCACUGGCCUGCUGAGGACCCCUCCACCAGAGCACAGGGAGCCCCUUGGAGGUGGUGGCAGUGCGGGAGGUGGUGGGGGAGGCCGACCUCCCUUGCUCCAGACCCCAGGGUCUCAGCCAGCCAGAACCAGCCUCGUGGGACGUCUGCAGGCUCUUGCAGGCUUCACCCCUGAUAACCGCUGGAACCAGACCCGAGGGGACUUUGAUGAACGUGAUAGCCUGCGAGGAGGCCUGCAGACCCCAGCUGGUCCAAAAGGCUUCCAGGAGGAGCGCCCUGCACCUGGGCAGAACUUCCCCAACCGCUUUGAUAGCCGUCCUGGGACAGCAGGAGGAGCGGCUGGUGUUUCAGGAAAUGCUGGUGCCGUUGGGGGGCCACAAGCCUGGAAUCGUAGCAGUGCUGCCCCAGCGCCUUUUGACAAUGAACUACAUCAAGACCUGGAUGAGCGAAGACGUCCAUGGGACAGGCAAAGAGACAGAGAUGAAAGAGAUUUUGACUUCAGGAGGGAGAUGAAUGGUAACCGCCACAGCCGAGAGAGGGAGCGUGAGAGGGACAGAGACAGGGAACGAGCCCGGGACCAUACAAGAGAACAUGAACGCGACAGAGACCGCGAUAAAGAAAGAGACCGUGAGAGGGAACGUGAACGUGGGAGCUGGACCCCUCUUCUCCCUCUCCCUACACCUCUGCUUCCAACUCCACCUCUUAAUCCCAACUUGACGCUCAACCAAGGCAAACCGCUUGCACCACUCAAGUUGAACCCCCAGAUUCAGCCACGGUUCCAGUCCCCACUCCUGCCUCAAGCUCAGUCCAAGCCCUCUCUCUUGGGUCUAAAUCAGCCACUGCCUCAGGUGCAGAUUCAGUCUCCAGCCCCCUCACAGAGCCAAGCAAUUGUGCCUGAGUCCCAGUCAGAAACCCCAGUUUCAUCGGAGACUUCUGAGGCUCAGUCACCACCCUCAGCCCAAUCACCUCACCCAUCAUCUGACCACAAGCGUCAGAGCCCACUGACUGAUGCUCCCACCGAGGCAGAGUCAUCAGCACAGCUUGAGACGUCUCCACGAAUAGAAACGCCAUCUCAGCCCGCAGCCCGUUCCCCCUCCGAGACGUCCUCUCCAGAAGCAGUGACCCCAAGCCAAGCCUCACUGCUGGUUGAGGCCUCAUCCCAAGACUCAACUGUGGCCUUCACACAAGCUGCCAGCCCCCCUGAAGAGAUGACUCACUCUCUGGAGGUGCAAGAAUCGCCACAGGAGAAGGAGGAGGAGGAGGAGGAGCCACAAGAGCGAGCCUCCUCACUGCAGCCACAGUGGGUCAAUGGACCUGGGAUGGACAAUAGAACUGUGGCUGAACCCACACCUGAGCCCUCCCCUGACCCCUCCCCCGAACCUUCCCCUGAACCGUCCCCUGAGCCCACUCAAGAUUCUUCCUCCGAUUCUGUGCUCCUCGAAAAUGAACCGGAGCAGGAACAGCUUGCCUCUGCUAAGGACGCAGACAAUGAACAGAGUGAGCCCAUGGAGGAAGCUGCGAGUCAGCCAGUGGUAGACACUGUCACAGACACUGAGGGGACAUAAUCAUCACUCAGUAGGUAAAAGAUCAUUUUGUAAAGUUGUCUCUUCUUCUCUGUACUCAUGUCAGCAAACCACCACUACCACACAGGACAUGACGAAUACUGACUCACAUCAGUUAUUGUCUGAUAACUAAUGAUUUUAUCUCACAAAUACCAGUGUACUUAAAUAGAAGGCUAGUUAGCUGAUAUAUUGAUAGACUGUUUUCUUUGUGUUUUAUUUCCUUUUUCCGUUUUUAAGUUGUAAUGCCAACCCACACAUUUUAAUUAAUCUUAGCUUGGCGAAUUUUAUUGAAUUGCCUACCAAAAUGUUUUAAAUGUAUAUUGGGAAAUUGAGCUUUGCCCUUCCUAUGGAAGAGAGUAAGAAAUCCUGGCUGUUCAACAAUGGAUUGAAUACAGUUACAUACAGUACUUGAAAAUGGCAGUUGCUGGCCCCAUUUCUGUCUCCUCUUCUUUUGAAAUGCUGCUGCAAAGUUUUCAGUGAAUGCUUUUGUGGUGUCCUACAAUGCUUUCUGUUUCGAAGCAGAAGAAAUAGCCUGCAUACAGUGAGACCAGUACAGCUGCUUAUAAUUAGGAAAAAUGAACAUUUUUAAAAUGAAAACAUGAAAAUGUUGUGUCCCCAAAAUAAAUGUCUGUAAUUUGUUUCCAAUUAUACAGUGAACACAAACAGAAAAUUACAUGCCGGGGGAAGAAAAAAAAGAACAGAUGGAUGUUCUGAUGUUGGGUACAUAUUGUUUUAGUUUGAAAUAAACAUGCUUUGUCUGUUUAAAACACAUGCUUUAGGACUGUUUUCUGACCCAGGACCAGUGGAAACUAAGACUGCUUUACAGACUCGUACACAUUGUGUGCUGUCACCUCAGUCGAUUCGAUGUUCUCGUAACUCAAGUUGCUGCUUUACCAUCCAUCCACAGAGCACUUUGUUGGAUGCUACAGUGGGACUUGUAGUUUUUAGUUUCUGAUGACUUCAGCCUGUAUGUUUCCCUAAGCUUUUGCUGGGUGACUGUUGAGGAUGGGAUUGUGCCUUUUUUGAAUGGAUUUGUUGUUUAUGAUGCUACCCAACACUACUGUGUGAUAUACACCAGACUGUGCGUGCAACUUGGUUUCAGACAGCUCUAUGAACACAAUGAUACCUGCACAGAAUUGACUGGCCCACCGUUUGGUAGCUGGGCAGUUUGUACAGCACUCACCUAGAGGAGAACAAGUCUAUAUACUCCUUUGUUCUGUGCAUGCAGGCCUGUAGCCAUGUUUUAACCCUUUCUGUCUCUCUUUCAUCCUUGUAGUGCUUUUCUGUUGAGACACUACUAGAAAUCCAUAGUCUGUUGUUGUCUCAGACCAAAUGUCUACUACAGGAGUUGUGAUAUUGAAUAAAAGUUGAAGGUGCAUCAGA